CGCUACUGAGAGACGCCUCAUUGUGCCGCUUCGACCCGGACCGGACUCACCGCGGCGGAUUAAUACCGGAAGCGGUGCCAGAGGAGGAUUCCCCCCCCGGGUGGGUCCCGUUUCUUUGAGGAUUACCGGAGCGGGUCACCGGCAGCGCGGGCUCCGCUCGGAGUGAAUAACGACUCUUAUCCUGUUACUGGAUUUGGAUUCUUGACGUUCUGAUUGGAUCUCCGGUGAAGCUGCUUGUGAUUGGUCAGACCCGGAUUCAAGCCAACACCCCACCAUGACCUGCUGACAUCAUCAAGCCACGCCCCCCGCCCUCUCAGCCUUUCAAAAAUGGGGUUGACCAACUGGCUGUCGCCCUGGCGGCCGCUUCUUCUGGUCCUGACUUCCUGCUUCCUGUCUGAGUCGGCCUCGACCACGCACUUCCCCAAAGACCUGGAGCCCAUCAACAAGAUCACAUCGGAGCAGUCCCACCUGUUUCCAGGCUUUCAGGGUCUGCUUCAGGACAACGACACUCUGCGUCUUGGUCUGGACUUCCAGAGACUGUUACGCAUCAACCACAUGUUGUACAUCGCCGCCAGGGACCACGUGUUCGCAGUGAACCUCACCACGGCUUCGGAGAACUUCAUCCCUCAGCUGAAGCUGACGUGGAGGUCCACGGACGUCAGCAAGUGCACCGUCAGAGGGAAGAACAGCGACGAGUGCUACAACUACGUCAAAGUUCUGGUUCCGCGUAACGACGAGACGCUGUUCGCCUGCGGGACCAACGCCUUGAACCCCACCUGCCGCAACUACAAGAUGAGGUCUCUGCAGCAGGUCGGGGAGGACGUGGUGGGUCAGGCUCGCUGUCCCUUCGAGUCGGGGCAGUCCAACGUGGGACUGUUCGCUGCAGUGGAGUACACCGCGCUGGGCAAGGUGGUCUUUUCUCGAGUGGCCCGGGUCUGCAAGAACGACAACGGAGGCUCACCCCGAGUUCUGGAGAGAUACUGGACCUCCUUCCUCAAGGCCCGUCUCAACUGCUCUGUCUCCGGAGACUCCUUCUUCUACUUUGACGUCCUUCAGUCGCUCACCAACGUGCUUCAGAUCAACCAGAGGCCGGCUGUGGUCGGGGUCUUCACCACCCAGACCAACAGCAUCCCCGGCUCGGCCGUCUGCGCCUUCUACAUGGACGACAUCGAGAAGGUCUUCAGCGGGAAGUUCAAGGAGCAGCGGACCAGCGACUCCUCUUGGACCCCGGUCCCUGACGAGCAGGUUCCCAGACCCAGACCCGGCUCGUGUGCUGGGGACGGCCCGGCGGCGGACUUCACCUCCUCGGUUCUUUUUCCCGACGAGAUGCUGACGUUCAUCAAGUCGUAUCCUCUGAUGGACGAGGCGGUUCCCUCCAUCAACCACCGGCCCUGCUUCACCAGAACCUCCAGCAGGUCCAAGCUGACCCAGAUCGUGGUGGACGUGUCCGCCGGGCCCCACAAGGACCGGACCGUCAUGUUCCUGGGCUCGGACGACGGGCGGGUCCUGAAGGUUCUGGCCUCCACGCAUCCCAACGACAGCUCGGGGUCCAAGCUGCUGGAGGACAUCCACGUCUACAACCCGUCCAGGUGUGACGUUCAGGGUCAGGAGGACAGGAGGGUUCUGGCCCUGGAGCUGGACAAGGAUCACCAGGCUCUGUUCGUGGCCUUCACCAGCUGCGUCAUCAGGGUCCCACUCAGCCGCUGCACGCAGCACGGGAGCUGCAGGAGAGCCUGCCUGGCCUCCCGGGACCCGUACUGCAUCUGGCUCCGGACCGGGUCUUGUGCCAACAUGGCGCCGGGCUUCAAAGCCGGGUUCGAGCAGGACGUGGAAGGUCCCAACAUCCCGUCUCCCCCAGACAGCUGCCACACUGAAUUGUCGGCGACGGCACGGAACCAGGAGCCCGCGGCCGACUUGGCCUACGGUGUAGCGGGCGUAGCAGGCGUCCGGCGCCUCCCGGAGGCGGAGCCGCGCUCCGUGUCAGAGGUCCACUACACGCUGCUGAUCGCCUGCGUGCUGGUGGCCUUCUCUCUGGGCGCCAUCUUGUCCGGCCUUCUAGCGUCGUGCUACUGCGGCGGCGCCCGGCGGGCAGGGGGACACGGGAAGGACCCCGAGGUGUCGCUGCCGCACGCCCUGUCGCUGCCGCACGCCCUGUCGCUGCGAUCGCUAGCCAAGCUCAACAGCCUGCUGGAUGGGCAGCCCAAGGAGGAGAAACUGGAGGUUUCGAGGAUGUGCUCCUUCAUCCCCAACGGGGGGGCGGAGCCUUACCUCCACGACCCCGCCCACCAGGGCCUGCAGCUGGGGGACCCUGACCUCAGCCUCUCCCAGUCUCUGUCUCAGGCUGACGGAGAGCUGUCGGGGCUGCCUACACCCGACUCCACCCCAGAGCUCCCCAUCAAGAGCAUGAGGGCCCUGCGGCACCACCAGAACCACGAGGAGGCCCAAGUCGGACCCGGGUCCGGUCCGGGCUUCGUGGCCUUUGUGGGGAACUCUGUGGCCCAGCAGGUGUUUCCCUUCCCUCAUCACCAUGGCAACCGCUUGAGCAACGGGGCGGCGCGUGGAGCGGGCGCCUCCUCUACCUCGCUGCACCUCCCCGAAGACAGGCAGGUCCUGAGUGAGGAGCGAGAGACGGCAGGAGGCGGAGCCCCCCCCCACCACAGCUCCCACCAGUCGCUCCCCCAGGCGGACGUGUCGGCGCUGGACGAGCUGCUCAAACACAUCCACGAGGUCAGCGCCUCGGGGACCGGAGGCAUCAAGGUCCUCACCUCCACCUCCUCCUGCUCCCUGUUCCCCGGGCCCUCCUUGUCCACCCACCAGCAACUCACUCCUCCUCAUCACAACACCACCCUCCAUGGACACCCCCGUCCCCACCACUCCAGCCGAGGCCAUCACCAUAGCAACCACCACAACAACAACGGCGGUCAGCACCACCAGCGGGCUGAGUCUUCUCCUUACUGCAGCACCUCCACCUCCAUGCUGCCCGCUCCAAACUCCUCCUCCUCCUCCUCCUCCUCCGCCUCCUCCUGCUCCAACAACCCCACCUCCUCCACCUCCAUCCCUUCUUCCUGCUCUUCCUCCACCUCCACUCCCUUGCAGCAGCAGGUGAUCCCGGAGGGACCCGGAGGGGGGGACGCCUCCACCCGACACGUCUCCCAGCGCCACUCCCUCAUCAAGAUGGGCAGUGGUGGGGGCGGGGGGGGCAGCGCCAUGCCGCGCCACCACAGCUUCAACCAACGGGGGGGGCAGCACGCGCACUUUCUUGCCAGGAUGAACACCAACAGCAGCAGUAACGGCCCCCCCACCGCCUGCCUGACGCGGCAGCACAGCUACAGCGGCGUCGGGCCUCACGGAGGGCGGCGGGCCCUCGUCCGCAGGACGGCGUCCCUCAAACCCCAAAUACCCCCCAAGCCGCUGUUCCUCCCCAACGCCUCCACGUCGCCAGUCGCAGAGGCGGGAAAAUGUGACUACUGAGACCUUUUUGUCCCCCCCGCUCAUCGUUAAGAAGCUUGUGGGUUGGUUCUCUGG